UUUUUCAGAUGCAAACGCCCCGCCGGCAGAGCACAGCCGAGUGAACGGCGACAGAGUUUUUCCUCAGUUCUCUUCACUGCGCCUGCUUCCUCCCCGGCAGUGAGCGUCUCUCAGGAGAAGCAAGCGGUGGAUGUGCAACGCACCGAUGCCACAGAUUGCCUAAUUAGAUUAAGCAAGAGGCUUUCCUGAGAUAAUCAUUUAGCCAGCCUUUUUCCUCUAAUGAAGCCGGCGUCGGGUGAGUGUGUGUGCGAUGAAGGUCAAACCAUAAUUUCAAGGGAAGUACCGCAAUUUUGGUUUUAGACCUGGAAAGGUUAACUAUCUGGACUCCCUCCUGAAAAUCUGAUAGAAACUCUGUAGGUGCGAUGUUUCUUUUGGGAAGACGCUGCCUGCCCUAACCGGGCUGACAGUUGUACCGGCAUAUACCUCCUGUUGCGUUGGAAAGGGGGAUGGGGGUAUUUCUUAUAUAGCCUUUAUAACUGCAGAGGACAUCUGCCAGAAUCAGCAGCCAAAAUGCGAGAGUGGGCAUGUAGGGAUCAAUUGAAGAUGGCUUUUUACGUGUCUAAGUCACGCUCCCAGUGUGAAGUCUAUCCCUGAGGAAUUAAACCAGUUUAUGGGAAAUACCGUAUUUUUACCACUGAGGACUUAACUCGCCUUUUUUCAAAAGCCUCUCUCACCACCGCCACCCCCUCUUGUGUGGUGUGCCCCAGAGGAAACAUGGCCAACAACUCAUUUCGUGGUUCGAAGCGAGGCCGGCAUGCCGAGGCCAAUCACGAUGGAGAUUUUAGCGUCUCGCUCAAAGAUUUGCGCUCCCUCAUGGAGGUCCGAGGAGCAGAGGGAAUAACUAGAAUUCAGGAAUGCUAUGGAGAUGUCCAAGGACUAUGUUCCAGGCUACGAACAUCACCUGUGGAUGGCUUAGGAGGACACGCUGAGGACAUUGAGAGAAGAAAAGAAGAAUUUGGACAAAACCUUAUACCUCCCAAAAAGCCAAAAACCUUUCUCCAAUUAGUGUGGGAAGCAUUGCAAGAUGUGACACUAAUCAUCCUUGAGGUGGCAGCCAUUGUAUCAUUAGGCCUUUCUUUUUACAGACCUCCAGAUGCCGAAAGAGAAAAUUGCGGGAAUGCAGCGGGAGGAGCUGAGGACGAGGGCGAGGCGGACACGGGCUGGAUCGAAGGUGCCGCCAUCCUCCUGUCGGUGGUGUGCGUGGUGCUGGUGACGGCCUUCAACGAUUGGUCGAAGGAGAAGCAGUUCCGAGGGCUGCAGAGCCGGAUAGAGCAGGAGCAGAGGUUCACCGUGGUGCGCGGUGGACAGGUCAUCCAGAUCCCCGUGUCCGACAUUGUGGUCGGAGACGUGGCUCAAAUCAAAUAUGGUGAUCUCCUUCCAGCGGAUGGUGUUCUCAUCCAGGGCAACGACUUAAAGAUUGAUGAGAGUUCUCUCACGGGCGAGUCGGAUCAUGUCAAAAAGACCUUGGACAGAGACCCAAUGCUGCUGUCAGGCACUCAUGUCAUGGAAGGUUCCGGAAAAAUGCUGGUCACAGCGGUGGGUGUGAACUCCCAGACGGGCAUCAUUUUCACCCUGCUCGGAGCCAGCGGAGACGAUGACGAGGACGACGAAGAGGAGAAGGCUGAGAAGGAACGGAAAAAGAAGGAGAAGGAGGAAAAGAAGAAAGAAAAGGAGAAGAAAAAGAAAGAGGAGAAGGAAAAGAAAGGCAAAAAGGACAAGAAAAGUAUGUGGAGAGUAGUGUUAAGAAAAAAUGAUAAGAAAGAGGACAAAGGGAAGAAAGGCAAGUCUCAGGAUGGCGCGGCCGUGGAAAUGCAGCCCCUCAACAGCGAGGAUGGAGAAGGAGGGGAGAAGAAGAAGGCCAACCCACCAAAGAAGGAGAAGUCGGUCCUUCAGGGGAAACUAACCAAGCUUGCCGUGCAGAUCGGCAAAGCAGGCCUGUUCAUGUCGGGGCUCACAGUCAUCAUCCUGAUCUCUCUGUUCCUGAUGGACACCUUCUGGAUCCAGGGCCUGCCGUGGAUCAAGGAGUGCACUCCCGUCUACAUCCAGUUCUUUGUCAAGUUCUUCAUCAUUGGCGUCACCGUGCUGGUGGUCGCUGUGCCUGAGGGGCUUCCCCUCGCCGUCACCAUCUCGCUCGCCUACUCCGUCAAGAAAAUGAUGAAAGACAACAAUCUAGUGAGGCACUUGGAUGCCUGUGAGACCAUGGGCAAUGCCACCGCCAUCUGCUCAGACAAGACGGGCACCUUGACCAUGAACAGGAUGACAGUGGUCCAGGCCUACCUCGGGGACAGACACUACCGGAAGGUUCCGGAGCCAGACCUCAUACCAACCAAGAUCCUGGACCUGCUCAUCAUGGGGAUAGGGAUCAACUGCGCUUACACCACCAAGAUCAUGCCUCCAGAGAAGGAGGGCGGUCUACCGCGCCAGGUGGGCAACAAGACCGAAUGUGCCUUGCUGGGCUUCUCCCUGGACCUGCGCCGAGACUACCAGACCAUCCGCAACCAGAUCCCUGAGGAGAAGCUCUACAAAGUCUACACCUUCAACUCUGUCAGGAAGUCCAUGAGCACCGUGCUGAAGAACGCAGACGGCAGCUACAGCAUGUUCAGCAAAGGAGCGUCCGAGAUCCUGCUCAAGAAGUGCUGCAGGAUCCUGGUCGCCAGUGGGGAGGCCAAGGUGUUCAAGCCCCGGGACAGAGAUGACAUAGUCAAGACGGUGAUCGAGCCCAUGGCCUCCGAGGGCCUCCGGACCAUCUGCCUGGCCUACAGAGACUUCCCCCCGGCGGACGGAGAGCCCGACUGGGACAACGAGACUGACAUCCUCACCGGCCUCACCUGCCUCUGUGUGGUGGGCAUCGAGGACCCUGUCCGGCUUGAGGUCCCAGAUGCCAUUAAGAAGUGCCAGCGCGCUGGCAUCACCGUGCGCAUGGUUACCGGGGACAACAUCAACACAGCUCGCGCCAUCGCCUCCAAAUGUGGCAUUCUGCACCCGGGGGAGGACUUCCUGUGUAUUGAGGGCAAAGAGUUCAACCGACGGAUACGCAACGAACUGGGAGAGAUUGAGCAAGAGCGCAUUGAUAAGAUUUGGCCCAAACUGCGUGUUCUAGCGAGAUCAUCCCCAACUGACAAACACACUCUAGUGAAAGGUAUUAUUGACAGCACUGUUCUAGAACAAAGACAAGUGGUAGCUGUGACAGGAGAUGGAACUAAUGAUGGCCCUGCCUUGAAGAAGGCUGAUGUUGGAUUCGCUAUGGGCAUCGCUGGCACAGACGUGGCCAAGGAGGCCUCAGACAUCAUCCUGACGGACGACAACUUCUCCAGCAUCGUGAAGGCUGUGAUGUGGGGGAGGAACGUGUACGACAGCAUCUCCAAGUUCCUGCAGUUCCAGCUCACCGUCAACGUGGUGGCCGUCAUCGUGGCCUUCACUGGGGCCUGCAUCACACAGGACUCUCCUCUGAAAGCCGUGCAGAUGCUGUGGGUGAAUCUGAUCAUGGACACCUUGGCCUCCCUGGCCCUGGCCACCGAGCCCCCCACAGAGGCCCUGCUCCUGAGGAAGCCCUACGGCCGCAAGAAGCCCCUCAUCUCCCGCACCAUGAUGAAGAACAUCCUGGGCCACGCUGUCUACCAGCUCACCAUCAUCUUCACCCUGCUCUUCGCAGGUGAGCGGAUUUUUGACAUCGACAGCGGCCGGAACGCGCCCCUCCACGCUCCACCCUCGGAACACUACACCAUCGUCUUCAACGUCUUUGUGAUGAUGCAGCUGUUCAACGAAAUCAACGCCCGCAAGAUCCACGGGGAGAGGAACGUGUUUGACGGCAUCUUCAACAACCCCAUCUUCUGCUCCAUCGUGUUUGGAACAUUUAUCAUUCAGAUUGUUAUUGUGCAGUUUGGUGGAAAGCCCUUCAGCUGUGUGAGCCUGACCAUUGACCAGUGGCUCUGGUGUGUUUUUCUGGGUGUUGGCUGUCUUCUAUGGGGCCAGCUGAUCUCCAGCAUCCCCACCAGCCGCCUGAAGUUCCUGAAGACGGCCGGCCACGGCACGCAGCAGGAGGAGUUCCCCGAGGAGGAUCAGGAGGAGAUGGAGGACAUGGAUGAGAUUGACCACGGCGAGAUGGAGAUGAGGAGGGGCCAGGUGCUGUGGUGCCGGGGCCUCAACCGGAUCCAGACCCAGAUCCGUGUGGUCAACGCCUUCCGUGACACCAUGUCUCCCUACGAGGGCCUGGAGACCCCUGAAUCACGCAGCUCCAUCCACAACUUCAUGAGCCACCCGGAGUUCCGGAUACAGGACUCCGAGCCCCAGAUCCCGCACAUCGAUGACACCGAGGGUGAGGACGAACCUCCCACUAAACGCAACUCCGCCAUCCCUGCGCCUCUUCCCCCGCUCUCCGCCAUCCCGACCUCGCCCAACCAGAACAAUAAUGCAGUGGACCGGAUCUUUCCGCUCCACAAAGACUCAAAGACUGGCACCCUGCCCCAGAAUGCCGCUGGCCUGCCUCCGUGCCCCGGGAGCCCGCUGCACAGCCUGGAGACCUCUCUCUGAGCAGGGAGGCCAGCCACUGCUGCCCCUGGGUCAUUUAUUAGAAUGACCUCCCAAACACACCACUAAACACAACCAAGAUGGCGAAGGAGAGGGCUCUGAAGGUUUGGCAUGUACUGAAAUAGAAGACACCAAACAUUCUGGAGAGCAUCUGGGUUUUUGACCCUAAAUAUGGUCUAGCUGUUAGGUGUUUGUAUGAAAAAGUGAGAUUCUCAAACUUAAAAUGAAAAAUUAUUUGCUUAGAAGCUUGAAUAUAAUUAACAUGGAGUCUGGGUUUAUUGCCUCUUCUCUGCACAUCUUAAAUGGUAGUAAACAAUGCAUUGGCUACUUAUAUUUGUAUAAUUUGAUCAAUUUGAAGCACAUCUGUUUACAAGUUUGUGCUGUUUUUUCAAAGGUUGGUUGAAGACCUACCCAACACAAUGUACUAUCAAAGAGUACGAGGGUGAAAUGGUAAAUAUUGUGUUUUAGAUAUGGCUGUAUUCAGAAUUAAUAGUUUCUUUUGAAACUGCAAUGUUUUGCCUGCAGUUUCUAUUUGGUAUUUAUUUGUCCAGGUACAGUACUUAAAAAAACUAUAGCAAGAUACAAAGACUUGUGUAGAAAAGUGUUUUAAAGAUGUGGUCAUGGGGUCAAUAAGGUAUAAGUGGGAUACCAAGAGAACAUCCACAGAUAUCUAAGAUGGGUUCUCUACUCUGUAUAUAAUUUAUUUGUUGUUUUCAACUAGUUCCAAAGCUACAUUUCAUAUUCAUUUGAAAGUGAUCAUGUUCCUGUUUUUUUUGUGGUGUGGUGUUGGCUUUCAGUCUUCACAUCUAUGCCACUGAUGCACAGACUUCUCAUUAGUGUUAAUGAACAAAGGUAAGACCAUGAAUGUGUUCAUGUUUAGGCAGAAUUUAAGUGUGGAAGGAUUCUAAUUCUGUUAUUGUUCCAGAUUUUUAUUUUUAGAGAAUUGCGUAAAGCAAGUGGACCUUUAUGGUUUUAAGUUUAGGAUUUUGUCAGAGUUCUAGGUUGUUGUUGGGCAUUUGUAAAUCUGUUGAAGGAUAACCAGAAACCAGGGAGAAGCUUUGCAAGGUAUAAUCAAGGAAGCUUACUUAGAUUUCUGAAGAAGACAUAGGCUACAAUCAGUCAAUUUACUAUUAUCUUUGAGGAGAUGUUUACAUUCUUUAUCAUUAAAUGAAUCCAUCUCUUCUUGUCAUGAACUUUGGUCAAAAUAUUAGCUGAUAGCUGAUGAACAUAUUCACACUGCAAGAUAUCUUGUGGGAAAUGUAGUUUAAUAAAGAGAAGAGACUUAGACUCUGAGCACAGAAUACUUUAUUGCACUAAAUCUUAGAGAGACUGGAUACUAUGUAUAUAGCUUUGUACUGGAUCUUUUUAGAGAAAAGCCAAAGCUUUCAUGACUCAGAAAUAUGAGGUUUAUGGGUUGGGGGCAGGUGCAGCAUUGAAACAAAUCUUUGCAUUUUUUGUCAAGCCUAUCAUAAAAAUACUAUCAUAGUCAUAACUUGUUAGUUAGUUGUUUGUCAACAAGAUUGUAUGGUUCAUUGAUAUUGGGUGCAAUUCAAAUAAACCCUUAAAUAGAAAAACAAUAUCAAGACUUGUUGACUUGCUUCUGACCAGUUGAAAUCUUAAAAGUUGAACUGCAAAUGCACCCUUGGUCCUUGGUUAUGUAACUUCAAACCACAUCUAAUGAAAGCAGUAGUGAAAAAAAUACUAUUAAAUGGAGAAAAUUGGAGAAGGUAAAAAGGUCAUUUUUUGGUUUCUCUGUAGUCUCGUUCCUGAACAGGGAAUGAAUUUAAUCCAUCUCUUUAUGGAUUAUGUUUUUUUUUAUCUCACUAUUUGGUAAUAAAGUACUUAAUGUCUGUUUUAUCUUCAGCAGUGUAAUAAUGUGGUCGAUAUUCCUUUUUGAAACUUGUUGAGUAACGUGUAUGGUUUUUGAAAAUAAAAUAUGAAUAUUUAGCUUA